CUGCUCCCACCCCGGUCCGCCAUCAUGGAGUCCUGAACAAAAACGAAUGUCGACCAAAAUGGGGAUACGCCAGCUGGAGAAGAAAUCCUUUAACAUUGUGACAGCACAAAGCGGAGCAUGGAGUGUACCCUAGGGAAUUUAUGUCACAAACCCACAAUGAAGACUUCCCGUUCGGCUCAAAGUAUUAGUUGCUAAUUAGCUUCUGAUUGUCUAAACGAGACAACCGCCGCUCUCCUCUGUGCUAGCUAGCUGGCUCGCUUAGCUUUGACAGGCAGCUAGCUGUCACUGCAGUUGACUGGCACUUCAUUCAUGUCAUCUCAGGCUGCUGGCUGUCCAAAUAAAUGGGAGCGACGGGAUGGCGAGAACUUUGAGUAACUGCAUCUACAGGCAAAAUGCAGUUUGCUCGCGUUGAGUAGACAGCGGCGGGGAAAAGUGGAGUGAGACCUAUAUUUUUUCCCAGUCAUAGUUAGCUAGCUUUAGCUAGCUACAGUGGAUCCUAAAAGCCACGGCGCUGGCCAUGCCGUCGAGUGUGCGGGCAGGGAGCCUGAAGGACCCGGAGGUGGCUGAGCUCUUCUGCAGAGAGGAUCCGGAGAAGCUCUUCACAGACCUGAGGGAGAUUGGACAUGGGAGCUUCGGCGCUGUCUACUUUGCCCAUGACAUCCGUACCAAUGAAGUGGUGGCCAUCAAGAAGAUGUCCUACAGUGGCAAACAAUCCAAUGAGAAAUGGCAGGACAUCAUCAAGGAAGUGAAAUUCCUCCAGAAACUGCGGCAUCCCAACACAGUCGAGUACCAUGGCUGCUACCUAAGGGAGCACACGGCGUGGCUGGUGAUGGAGUACUGCUUGGGCUCCGCUUCUGACCUUUUGGAAGUCCACAAGAAGCCCCUCCAGGAGGUGGAAAUAGCUGCUAUUACCCAUGGUGCACUUCAGGGACUGGUCUAUCUUCACUCUCACAACAUGAUUCACAGGGAUGUGAAGGCAGGAAACAUCUUGCUCACGGAGCCGGGACAGGUCAAACUGGGUGACUUUGGUUCUGCAUCCAUUGUCGCGCCAGCCAACUCCUUUGUGGGAACUCCUUACUGGAUGGCCCCUGAGGUGAUCCUGGCCAUGGACGAGGGUCAGUACGAUGGCAAGGUGGAUGUGUGGUCACUUGGCAUUACCUGCAUAGAGCUGGCGGAAAGGAAGCCUCCUCUUUUCAACAUGAAUGCUAUGAGUGCCUUAUAUCACAUCGCCCAGAAUGAGAGCCCUGUGUUGCAGUCAAAUCACUGGUCGGAUUAUUUUCGCAAUUUUGUGGACUCUUGUUUGCAGAAGCUUGCCCAGGACAGACCUACCUCUGACGUGCUGCUCAAGCACCAUUUCCUAUGCAGAGAGCGUCCCAUGACAGUCGUGAUGGACCUUAUUGCACGCACCAAGGACGCUGUCCGUGAGCUGGAUAACCUGCAGUACCGGAAGAUGAAGAAAAUCCUCUUCCAUGAGGCCCACAAUGGCCCUGCGCCAGAGGGGGCUGACGAGGAAGAGGAUGUGGAGCAGUACAUGCUGCGCACGGGCACUGUCAACAGCAUGGAGAGCUCCCACUCGCUGCCAUCCAUGUCCAUCAGCGCCAGCUCCCAAAGCAGCUCCGUCAACAGCCUGGCCGAUGGCUCAGACGACAGUGGCGAGAUGGCCAUGAUGCAGGAGGGCGAGCACACAGUCACCUCAAACAGCUCUGUUCUACACAAACCGCUGAGCCACGACAAUAUCUAUGAUGACCCCUACCAGCCAGAGGUUGACUCCCAACGAGAUGCCUCUUCUGCUGUUGGAGGUGGCGGUGGAGGAGGAGGAGGAGGAGGAGGGGGAGGUGGGAGGCGUCGUCGAGGCCGAGACCAUUUUGCUACCAUCAGGACGGCCUCGCUCGUCACUCGUCAGAUCCAAGAACACGAGCAGGGAUCGGCCCUAAGGGAACAGAUGUCUGGGUACAAGCGUAUGCGCCGGCAGCACCAGAAACAGUUGAUGGGCCUUGAAAACAAGCUGAAGGCAGAGAUGGACGAGCACCAGCUGCGACUGGACAAGGAGCUGGAGAACCAGAGGAACAGCUUCUCUAUGGAGGGUGAAAAGUUAUCUAAGAAGCACUCAGCUAUCAUGGACAAGGAGACAAAGGCGGUUCUGACUGAGGAGAAGAAGUUCCAGCAGCACAUACUCGGCCAGCAGAAGAAGGAGUUGACAAAUCUGCUUGAGUCACAGAAACGACAGUAUCGGCAACGCAAAGAGCAGCUUAAAGAGGAGCUGAACGAGAACCAGUCUACGCCCAAGCGGGAGAAGCAGGAGUGGCUGGUGCACCAAAAGGAGUGUCUGCAGCAGCUCCAGGCGGAGGAGGAGUCGGGCCUGCUGAGGAGGCAGAGGCAGUAUUAUGAGCUCCAGUGUCGCCAAUACAAAAGGAAGAUGCUGCUGGCACGCCACAACCUGGAGCAAGAUCUGCUCAGAGAGGAGCUGAACAAGAAGCAGACCCUGAAAGACCUGGAGUGUGCCAUGCUGCUACGCCAUCACGAGUCCACCCAGGAGCUGGAAUUCCGCCAGCUGGGCCUGGUGCAGCGCACCCGGGCUGACCUGAUCCGCACUCAGCACCAGACAGAGCUCACCAACCAGAUGGAGUACAACAAGCGACGUGAGCAGGAACUGCGUCAGAAGCACGCCAUGGAGGUCCGCCAGCAGCCCAAGAGCCUCAAAUCCAAAGAGUUGCAGAUAAAGCGCCAGUUCCAGGACACAUGCAAGAUCCAGACCCGCCAGUACAAGGCCCUGCGGAACCACCUGCUGGAGAACACGCCCAAGUCAGACCACAAAGCCAUGCUGAAGCGCCUGAAGGAUGAGCAGACCCGUAAGCUGGCCAUCCUGGCCGAACAGUACGACCACUCCAUCAAUGACAUGCUGUCUACGCAGGCUCUACGAUUGGAUGAGACCCAGGAAGCAGAGUACAAGGUGUUGCGCAUGCAACUGCAGCAGGAGCUGGAGCUGCUCAACGCCUACCAGAGCAAGAUCAAGAUCCACACGGACACGCAGCAUGAGAGGGAAGUCAAGGACCUGGAGCAGAGGGUGUCCAUCCGCCGUGCACUGCUGGAGCAGAGGAUCGAGGAGGAGAUGCUGUCACUCCAGAACGAGCGCUCUGAGCGUAUCCGCACCCUCUUAGAGCGCCAGGCCAGCGAGAUCGAGAGCUUCGACUCGGAAAGUUUACGUCUGGGCUUCACAAGCUUGUCCCUCUCAGGCCUCCCUGGUGAUGCCUACUCCAAGCAGGGUUACCCCAGUGCCCCGCAACCAGCCCCCCGCUCCACCAGUCACUGGAGCCAUGGCGUGCACCCCCAGAAUGCUCCCCCGCCACAGCCCUCACGCCGGAGCCACAACAGCAGCAGCAGUGGAGGAGGCGUAGGGGAACGCAGGAGCGACUCUUCUUCCUUGCAUGGCUUGGGAAUGGCGCUGGCGCUGUCGAGGGACGGGCACCACCCGUCCCGCUCAUCUGCCUCGUCCUCAUCCUCCUCCUCCUCGUCUUCUUCCCACCACCAGCGCCACCACCUCCCGCAGCACUACCACCACCAGAGCACACCACAGCUGUACCGCGAGCGAGAGCGGGAUAGGGACCGCGAACAGGAGAAGGAGCGGGAGUGGCCCGGUGUGCGAGGCCCCAGUGGUGACCUGGUCCACCCUUUACCCUUACCCUUACCCUUCUCCCAUCACCUACCCUCCCGCUCCUCCUCUCAGUCCCUCGCCAUGCUACCUCCACCGCCGCCCGCCCCUCCUUCCAUUUCCGGCCCAUCCUCCUCCUCGUCUUCCUCCUCCUCCUCGCAGGGGGGGAUCUAUGGUGGCGAAAGGGGUGGCGGCGGCGGCAGCAGCAGUGGGCUUGGCAUACGUGCCGCCCCCAGCCUGAUGGCUCUGAGAAACAGCCCUCAACCUCUCAGGAGGACGGCAUCCGGUGGGGGGCCUGGGGCAGGCGGGGGCGCCGACGGCGUACUGAGUCGGAGCACCUCGGUCACCUCGCACAUCUCCAACGGCUCACACCUCUCCUACUCGUAGACGGCGGAAUGGGGGGCAGGGUUUAGGUAAGUAGCUAUCACAGGCUGCGUCUCAGUACAGAACUAUUUCGUCCUUUGUUGACAUGUGAGGGCAAGCUUCUUAUUGAGGUGCGUCCUGCCUCCUUAGACUCAGGGUGGGAAACAGGAAGAGGGGAAUGUAACACCACUUGAGCGUAGGUUUCAUAAUAAAGGUUUUUUUUAAUACUUAGUAGGCUGCAGAAAAGGAGCGGGGUUUGUCUUCUUCUAUGAUGUUCUAUGCUGGAAUGGAGAACCAGAGAAGACAAGCGGACAGGGGAAAAGCAAAAAGUAGGUUUAUGUGUACGUAACUGUACUUGUAUGUAGUGUCCAGAUAUAUAAGCACUGCUAUGUUAGCCUCCAGGAUGGAAAACAAAAAAAUGGUUUUACACUUGAUUUUUUUUAUGUAAUAUUCAGUGUAUGAAAAAAAGACACAUAAAUGUUGCUUGGAACGUCACCAAUGCCUUUAAGGAUUUCUUAAAGGGAUGUCAUCAAAAUUUCUAUUUGAUGGCCACAACUGAAUGUAAAGAAUUGUGUAGAAGAAAGGAAAAUAAGAGUAAUGAGUAGAACAAUUCAGGCGUCCAUGAGUAUGUAUAGUGGUCGUAACACUCCAGUGCAUGAGACAUUCGUAUGCAUCACCAGACAUCUUUGAAACGCUCUCACCAAUCUUUAUUGUACAUAAUUGAUGUGGAAUAUUACAAGCUAAACAAAGCUUUUAUAGAAGUACAAAGAUGACGAUGAGUAAUUUUGAUAUAUUCAAAUGAGUAUUGAAUUUCUCCUGACUCCAAAAUACAUUUUCUAUUGUUGUCAAUAUAACCAUAGAGGCAAACCUGAUUGUAGCUGUUGUCAUGUUAACAUAAAAAUAUAUAUAUACUGUCAGGUAUUGUUUGUUUUAAUGAUUAUUAAUAAUAAGGCAUUAUUAAUAAUUGUUAAUGUGUAUGUGUUGAAUGGUGAAGUCUAGCUGUGUUGCCACUUUUUAAAGACAGCUCUAGAUCUAUUAACUUGUAGUGGAUAUAAAAAUACACACACAUGCAUAUAUAUAUGUAUAUAUAUAUGCAGACCUGAUCAAAAUCUUCUGACCAGUUCAAAAAUUGCUAGAAUUUGCAUUUUACACAUUGGGAUCUUAAUGAGGUUUUAAGUACAGCUACAAUAUGCAAAAACAAGAAGGGGGAGUGAGGAAAAAAACAUUUGGAACUUGUAAUUUAAACAAAAAAAAAAACUGAAAUAGGUUUGUUUUUCACCUGAAAAAUUUAACACCACAGGCUGUAAAAUCUGCUCAAAAUGUUCAUUUUCUGUCAGGCAUUCACACUGUCAUGCCCUCCUGAUGGCUAAAGCUAAGGAGCUUUCUCUUUUUGAACGUGGUCGUAUUGUGGAGCUGCAUAAGCAAGGCCUCUUGCAGCGUGCCUUUGCUGCUGAGGUUGGGAGCAGUAAAUCAGUCAUUCUACAUUUUUUGAAAGAUCCUGAGCAUUAUGGAACAAAAAAGUCAAGUGGUAGACCCAAAAAAAAUCACACCUGCGCUAAACCGGAGGAUCCGAUUGGCUGUCCAUCAAGACACAGGGCGGUCUUCGGAGCCGACUGCAGCACAAUAGCCAUCAGACGGCAUCUGCGGGAAAAAAGUUAAAAAACAAAAAACAAAUUCAAAGACUUCAUUUCCUUCAACGCCACAAAAGUGCCCGUUUAGACUUUGCCAGGGAGCAUCAAACAUGGGACAUUGAAAGGUGGAAAAGUAAAUUCUCUUGAUGGUUCAGAUGGCUUCCAACGUUACUGGCAUGACAAGGAGAUCCCACCUGAGAUGUUUUCUACCCGGCACAGUGGACUUCUUCAGGGAGAAUCACAUCACUCCUUUGGACCAUCCUGCAUGUUCCCCUCAUUUAAAUCCCAUAGAGCACAUUUGGGGAUGGAUGGAAACAAGGGAAGUUUAUAAAAAUGGCCAUCAGUUCCAGACAGUUGAUGCCCUUGGUGAAGCCAUCUUCACCACUUGGAGCAAUGUUCCCACUAGCCUCCUGGAAACACUCGCAUCAAGCAUGCCUAAACCCAUUUUUGAAGUGAUGAACAAGAACGGUGGAGCUACUCAUUACUGAGUCCUAAUGAGAACAUGUUUUGUUCUAUUUUUUUGAACGAUUGUCUUAAAUUUUUGAUGAGCUGAUAAACAGCCUAUUUCAGUUUAAUUGUUGUUUUCAAUAAAUUACUUUUUAAAAGUGCUUUUUGUGUCACUCCCCUUCUUGCUUUUGCAUAUUGUAGCUCUACUUAAAACCUCAUUAAGAUCCAAAUGUGCAAAAUGCAAAUUCUAGCAAUUUUUCAACUGGUCUUAAGAUUUUGAUCAGGUGUAUAUAUAUAUAUAUAUAUAUAUAUAUAUAUAUAUAUAUAUAUAUAUAGUGACAACCUCCUGUUUUUUUUUUUUUAUAAUUGGCCACUGGAAUGUACAUUUGUUCAUUUUUAAAGUUUUUAUUUCAAUUGAAGACGAGUCGGCAUACCAGAGGACUUUAAAGGUAUUGCUAACGAGAAGAAGGCCGGGGCCUUGAUUGAGCUGCUGGCUUGGUGCACCCGUGGGUGCUGACCCAGCAGCAAUGACCGGAGCAGCUUUAUCAUGCGGCACAGGACUUUUUGUUGAGGAGUUGACGCUGCCGAGGCCCCAAAGGUCCCUUCUCUCCAUAGCUUUUGACUUUAGUUGGUUUGCAGUGUGAAUUUGGAGAAGAUACUGUAAUCAUCCUGCUGUUUGUAAUGACUCAGAAACACCAGCUCAACACAAUUCCCUGUAUAACAUGAAAUAACUGAAUCUCGGUGCAUGCAUAAAAGUCCUUAUAUAAACUGAAGUCUGACAACAUGCUUGUUUGUGUGUGGGGGAUUGUAGAUGAGGCAGCUCAUGUGAGAUGUGCAGGGUGGUUGUUUUUGGGGGGAGGGGCAAAUCCUCUAAAUUAAAUAUUCCAAUCAAGCAUUCCAAGCUUGAGGAAACCACGUGUAUUUACGGAAAAAAAUGGGUGCUUAAAGAUAAAAUUGAUAUUAACACAUUGGUUUUCGUGUGCUUUAUUCAUCUUGACCGUGCGUAUUUUGUGCAUUGUCGCUAAUGGACAGCAGGGGGC